AUGGGGAAAGAAGAAAAAUUGAGAAAUAGGGGAAAGGUGUGGGGGUUUUAUAUUUUGAGAGGGGAAAUUGGAGAAAGAGGGGAAAUGGGGAAAAGAGGGGAAAUGGGGAAAGAAGAAAAAUGGAGAAAUAGGGGAAAGGUGUGGGGGUCAAAGUUUGUAUGGGGGUAUCGAUUUUUAAAGACCAAAAAAGCAGAUUUAAUUAACUGGCUCGUUAAAAACAAUAUACCACAUGAUGCUAAAAUGACCAAACCAGAACUGUACACAUUAAUAAAAGUUCACAGACCUCCACCGAAUUUUCUUUUAGACGAUCUUCUCGAAGAACAUGGGCACAAAGUUCUACGAUUACCUCCAUAUCAUGCCGAAUUAAAUCCCAUAGAAAAAAAUAUGGGCCACAGUAAAAAAUUGGUUAGUAUUUCCUUUAGAGAUACCAAUCAUUUUCCAAUAGGUAUACGAGGAGGACCUUUGGGCGAUGAAUACUUUUUAGACAACAUACACUUCCAUUGGAGAUCUGAACAUACCGUCAACUUUCACAGGUAUCCUUGUGAGGCACAUUUUGUUCACUAUUUAAAAAGUGCCACUAGCCUUAAAAAUGCUUUGUCUGUAUAUGACGGUGUCGUAGUGGUAGCAGUCUUUUUUGAGUACGCCAACACAGAUGCCCUAGAAUUUAAAGACAUUUCCGACAAUAUGAAUAAUAUUACUUUAAGUCAUCACAGUUUACCAAUGAGUAAGCCUUUGAUGCCACAAAGCCUUUUGCCACACGAUAUGUCGAGGUAUUUUACGUAUAGAGGUUCACUGACGACUCCAGAUUGUAACGAAGUAGUACAGUGGAUUGUUGUGGAGGAUACAUCCCACAUAUCAAUUGAGCAGGUAAAUGUUGAAUUUUUUAUUAUUAUAGGAAAACAACAUUGA